AUGCUGGCCGCCGCCUGGCUGGCCAGGGGCUCCUGGGGGCUCCUCCGCGGCGCGGCGAGGAGGCCUCUGGGCGGCCGGCCCGGUUCGGCGGCGGCGGCGGGCGGGGGCGUUUCGUGCCCGCCCGCCUGCGCCGGGCCCCCGCGGCUGCUGCGCGCUCCCGCCGCCGCCUGGCGCCUCCUCAGCGGCGGGGCCGCGCCGCCCGAACCCCCCCGGCAGCGCGGCGCGGCGGGGCCCUACGCCGAGCUGUAUGAAAACCCCUGGACCAUCCCGAAUAUCCUGUCCAUGGCGAGAAUGGGCCUGGCGCCGGUUUUAGGCUAUCUGAUUGUUGAAGAGAAUUUCAACGUCGCCCUGGGUGUGUUUGUCCUGGCCGGCGUGACGGACCUGCUGGACGGAUUUAUUGCACGGAACUGGGCUAAUCAGAAGUCGGCGCUGGGAAGUGCUCUCGAUCCCCUGGCAGAUAAAAUCCUCAUCAGCGUGCUCUACGUGAGCCUAACCUGUGCAAAUCUUAUCCCAGUUCCCCUGACUUCCAUGAUCAUCCUGCGGGAUGCGGCGCUCAUCGCUGCGGUUUUCUACGUGCGGUACAAAACUCUCUCUCCGCCGAGAACACUGAGUAGGUAUUUUAACCCCUGUUAUGCUACUGCACAAUUAAAACCAACGUUCAUUAGCAAGAUGAACACGGCGGUUCAGCUGAUUUUGGUGGCGGCUUCUUUAGCGGCUCCUGUUUUCAAUUAUGUGGACAGCAUUUAUCUGCAAACAUUAUGGUGCAUCACAGCUUUCACAACGGUGACGUCUGCCUACAGCUAUUACCACUACGGCAGAAAAACCGUCCAGGUGAUCAAGAACAAGUGAAGGUAUCCCCGUGCUAAAAGGUGAAAUGUUCCUGGAGGGGCAGGAAGGUGCUCUGCUCCCCCACAGGUGGUGGCAUGGCCGCUGGGUUUUGGAUCAAAGCACCCUCUGUUCUUCUGCUUGAACCGUGGCAUCACCGUGAAGUGAAAUUGGAACGUGUGUAUAUAUGUAGAGAGAGACUUUUCAGUGUAUUUUUAAUUUCCUUGAAAAAUGAGGUUGUUUACGAAAACAAAUAAACAACGUUCUUACAAA